CCCCCGUGCGGCGAGACCACGUGACCCGUGACGUCUCCCGAUGGAAGUUCGGGAUUAGUAGUUGGAGCUAUUUGAUUCUGGAGUCGAUAUUACAUGAAUUGUACGCGAACGCUUUGAUCGCCUUUAUACUUGACAAUGGUGGUCGCGCGGAAGAAAGGCCGGUUAACGGGUCUUCAGAGGGAUGUGUUGAGCAUGUAUCGAUCUUGUCUACGUGCCAUACGGGUUAAGCCUGCAGAAUCGCGACAUAACUUCCUCCAGUUCACCAGACUGCAAUUUAGACAACACUUGACGGUGCCAAAGUCGGAUUUUACUACGAUCGAGUAUCUUUUACGGCGGGGCCGGAAUCAGUUGGAGACGUAUUCGAAUCCGGGGGUGCGAAAUGUUGGCAUUUAGAUGAUGAUGAUGAGAUUACAUAGUCUGUGCAAGUACUAGGGAAUGACAUAGUUGGGUCAGUGUGUAGACCACAGUUGUGUCUACUUUUCAUGGAUAACUCCACCAGCUUGUGGUGGGAGAGCAGGAUGAUAAUAAGAACUUUUCAUGUAAAUAUAUAAUGAUCAAAAGACAGAAAAUUUA